UCCGCAUUCCCGAGCCCUCCCAGAUACCGAUCAGUAUUUAAACCGUCUGAUGCAACGACUUUUAGUCUCAACAUCUACAUCCGAUUCUAUAAGGCUAUAUCAUCGUCUCCGAUUCUGGACCCCGAAUAGCCUCCAGACAUCAUUAUACCAUAGAUCAGAGGUCUACAGACUAACUGCAAACGGGGGAGGAGGGUGGUGAGGACAUGAUGCCGGGACAGAUCCCUGACCCUUCACUGACGGCGGGCUCCCUGCCCAGCCUGGGGCCUCUGGCGGGCAUCCCUGCCACCACGCUGACAGACCAGCUCAAGUUGGCCGACUUCCGCAACCUGGGCGCAAUGCUCUCACCUCUGCACUUCCUAGGGAGGCUGGGGAAAAGGACACUGGAAAUCAAGGAAGAGAUGGAGGAGGAUGACAACAGGAGGAAACGGAGAAGAGAGAAGAACAAGGUGGCCGCAGCUCGCUGUCGGAACAAAAAGAAGGAGAGAACAGACUUCCUUCAAAAGGAAUCGGAGCGCCUGGAGAUGGUCAACUCAGACCUGAAGGCCCAGAUAGAGGAGCUUCGCGUGGAGAGGCAGCAGCUCAUGGUCAUGCUCAACCUCCACCGGCCCACAUGCAUCGUCAGGACAGACAGCGUUAAGACCCCAGAGAGUGAAGCCAACCCCCUGCUAGAACAGUUAGCUGCCACAGAGUAAAGAGAAAUUGAUGGACACACUAUAUCUCCACCAGGAAUUGGCUAAAAAGAAAAUAUUUUUUGUUGUUGUGAGUGAAAGCACUUGAGCUCCAAGCUGGACAACUUUGGAGACUCUGUUGUCCCAAACACCUGGAGAUGCAGGGCGCCUCUUUGUGAAUUCUACGGGCUGCUAAGUGUCAUUGUUGUUGAUUAUACAUAGUGCCUUCUAGUUACUACUACCACCUUUACAAAAAUGGACAGUUGGUGAAGUUCGUACAACUGGAAGCAAAGUUGUUGAGGAAACACUACUACCAACAUGGUGCAUUGUUAUUCACCUGCCACAGACAAGACAAGUAGCCUAGGUUGUAUUGUAGAGGCACACAUUUAAUGUGUUGUGGUUUGCCAAUGUCUACCGGUUGAAAAAUACAGGUUUUGUACUUUAAGAUUGGUCAAAAUACAUAUUCUAGUACGACCCUUGUAGAGUUAUAGUUUGUCAUUGUGUAUAUUAUCAUGCCAAAUAUUUUGUACCCUGCCUUGACAAUGGCAGUUAGCGGUUGAUCCGUGGUGACGCUGGCGUCAUGAAAAGCACAUAUGAAAUGUUUACAGUUGUUUAUGCCUUGUUGGUCUGUCUACCAAUGUACCUCUUUUAUACUGCUUUAUAUAUUACAUAUACAUGUAUGAUAUGCCUGUUUAUCACUUGAUGUGAUGCUUUUACAUCUCUAUUUUAGAUGAUGUUCUGUUUAGCAUGUGUGAAAAAAAAUGCUGAACAAUAUCUCUAAGCAAUUAAUAUUUUGGAACUGUACCAUGUUACUCCAUCUAUAUUAAAUUCUAUUUUCUAACGAUGUGAAAA